CCCCUGAUAAUACUCAUGGUGAUAAUUUUCCUGCUGCUUCUGUUCUGGGAAAAUGAGAUGCAUGAAGAGGCAAGGAUGCCAAGCUUUGAGCAAUUGAAUGUGGACUACCCUCGGACUGAUGUUCCUAUGAGAUACUGCAACUACAUGAUCUUACAAAGAGUCAUCAAGGAACCCGGCAACACGUGCAAAAAGGAGCAUGUCUUCAUCCACGAGAGGCCUAGAAAAAUCAACGCUAUCUGCACUUCUCUUGAGAAGCUCCCUUGCCACAACCAUUCUACCUUUCCCUGCUUCCAGAGCAGGAUUAAAUUCAAAAUGACAGCCUGUGAGCUCAUUGAAGGUACCAGAUAUCCUGUCUGCAGGUACCACAUCUCCCCCAAGGAGGGGUUCAUUCUUGUCACUUGUAGUGAUAUUGGGGCAAUUAAUUUUCAGGGACUUAUUGAGUAA